GUGAAUUCUCAAAUUAAUAUUCAAAAUCUCAAUAUGGUGAUUUUUAGUUAAAGUGAACUAUAUUCCUUUUAUGUGUUUACUAUAAGCGUUCAUUCAAAAGGAUACCAAUUUAUUUACUCCAAAACGAACAUUUUUCAUCGAUGAGUUUCUAGUCCUGCGCUUUUCAAGAAAAUACGAUAAAAAUGCAGCGAUUGUGGAAGAUUUUUGAAUUAAUUCUCAUCUUGAAUGUAGCAAUUAUCUACUGUAAUAAUUGCCAAAUACCAAAUUAUGACAGUAUUUGUCAGUGUUCUCGUUCCGUGUCAGGAAGAUAUGACAUGGAUUGUCCCAUUAAUUCAACGAGAAAAGAAAUUGACAUUAGAAUUGAAUAUUUCUCACAGCAAAUUGUCAAGAUAUUCUGUCCGAAUAAUGAAAAUUUAUUAUACUUCGAUCACAAUUUAAAUUCAAUUGUAAAAAAUGUCAAGAUAUUGGCUCUACAUAAUUGUCAAUUUGAAGACAUUAAAAUAAAAAAUAUCGCUUCAUUAGUGGGCGCGGAUAAUCUUGAAACCCUGCAAAUUCUCAAUUAUAAAAGAAUGAAUUUUGUCACAUUGCACAAGAGUCAAUUUCAAGAUUUGCCGAAUAUAAAAACAUUGGAAAUAUCCGACACACGUUGCAAUAGUUUAGAUGAAGAUCUAUUGGAAUUCACACCAAAUAUCACGACACUAAUUAUGAGGAAUGAUCAAAUUAAAUCGAUUCCAAAAAAUUUCUUUCAAUUCACACCCAAUCUCAAGAGUAUUGAAUUGGGAAUUAAUAAAAUUAAAGUAUUCGAAGACGGGACUUUCAGUAAUUUGAAGAGUUUAUUAUUUCUCAGUAUUUGGCGAAAUGAAUUGACGAAUUUGGGUGGUAAUAUUUUUGCUGAACUGGAUUCUGUGGAGACAAUUAGUCUCUUUUCCAAUCCACUGACAACGUUGCCUGACGACAUUUUUCACAAGAAUGUCAAUUUAAAAAUGAUCAAUCUCUCGCGGAAUUCGUUCAAAAAUUUACCUGCGGAUUUGUUUAAAAAUUGUCAGCAUCUCAAGAAACUGAAAUUAGAGAACGAAGUACAUCUUUCGACUUUACCGAAUGGAUUUUUGAGCAACUUGACGAAUUUAAUGGAUGUUAAAUUAGAUGCGUCGAAUUUGAAAAGUCUUCCAGAAAAUCUUUUCGAGGGAUCGAGGAAUUUAGUGAAUAUCAGUAUGCAAAAAAAUCAGUUCUCAUCAUUGCCUGCCAGUAUAUUUUAUGGUUUGGACAAAUUGGAACGCCUCGAACUCAAUGAUAAUAAAAUUGGAAAUUUAGAUGACAAGCUUUUUGAUUCUUGUAUCAAUUUGAAAAACUUGAAUAUCAACAACAAUAACAUCGUCACAAUAUCAGAAUUUACAUUUUCAAAACUUGUGAAUUUAGAAACAUUAUUUAUGAAACGGAAUAAAUUGAGUAGCAUUGACAGACAAGCAUUCUACUCUUUGCAUCGUUUGAAGAAAACUUCUUUUGCAUUUAAUAAUUUAACAACAGUGUCAGUAACAAAAUACGGCUGUGAAUCUGUAUUUAACAGAUGCAAUCAAUUAGAAUUAUUGGAUUUAUCUUACAAUAAAAUACCAGAGUUGUGCGACGAUUGGAUCAGAUUUCCUGGACAUAAUUUCAACUUUUUGAAUCUCUCUCACAACGAUAUUAAUUCUUUAACCGUGGAUGAUUUGGAUAUUAAAAAUCAAAAGGAUUUCACUGUCGAUUUAUCUUUCAACAAGAUAACGAAUGUUAAUUUAAAUGAUCCAUUUAAUGAGAAUUUUGAAGAGCGAUUCAACGGAGAACGUCGAAGUUCAGUUGUAUUAUUUUUAAAUAAUAAUCCAAUCGAAUGUGACUGUGCGUUAUACGAUUUUCUACGAUAUUUGGAUGGUUCAAUGAUGAAUGUGAGGGAUACAUUGACUAUAAAAACAGGACCAAUGAAAUGUUUCAAUUCGAAAAUGUACGAGGAUAUUUUAUUGUCGGAAUUGAAUUCCAAGAGUUACAAGUGUAUUCCACCGAUGGAGGCAAUUAAUCAUCUUGAAAUGUGUCCUAACAGUUGCGACAAGUGGAUAAGACCGUUUGACAAAACAUUUAUUUUCAACUGCUCCUAUAGGAAUUUGUAUCAAGCACCAGAGAGUUUGUGCUCGCUAAGAGAUGAAAAUUUUGUCAAUGAACUCGAUCUCACUGGGAAUCAUAUCAAAAUUAUUCCCAAUCUUCAGCAAAAUGGUUAUAAUAAUUUAUCUCGACUUACAUUGUCGCAUAAUCAAAUUUCGACCAUUUCCAGAAAUGUACUUCUUCAUUCAACACUUGAGAAAUUGGAACUUGAUCAUAAUCAGCUCACGAGAAUUGCACCGGAUGUUAUUCACAAAUUGAAAUUAUCCGUGAAGAAGAUGAAACUGGGAAAUAAUCCAUGGCAAUGUGAUUGUGAGACAAGAAGUUUGCAGAUAUUUGUUCACAUGAAAAAUACAACGGUCGAAGAUGAGGAGCACGUUAUUUGCAAGAAUUUCAACAGAAUGCUGACGAGAUUGACAAUCGACGAAUUGUGUCCAUCGAAUCUCGAAUUAAUUGUCAUCGCCAGUAUAUUCACUGCCGUAUUGGGACUGACUUUCGGUCUCAUCGCAACAUUUUACUAUCGUUAUCAGCAGGAGAUAAAAAUUUGGCUCUACGCGAAUAAUCUUUGUCUCUGGUUCGUCACCGAGGAGGUUCUUGACAAGGACAAACCAUACGACGCUUUCGUCAGCUACUCCCACAAGGACGAGGAAUUUGUCGUCAAUGAACUGAUGGAGAAAUUGGAGAAGGGCCCAAGAUCCUUUAAACUUUGCGUUCAUUUUCGAGAUUGGCUCGCGGGCGAAUGGAUUCCAUAUCAAAUCGCAAGAUCCAUCAAGGAUUCGAGGAGAACGAUUGUCGUUGUGUCGCCAAAUUUCAUUGCAAGUGAGUGGGGUAAAUUGGAAUUUCGUACUGCUCACAAAGAAGCGCUUAACGAGGGAAGGGCGCGAAUUAUCGUUAUACUCUACGGCGAUAUUGGACCCAUCGAUAAAUUGGAACCGGAUUUGCAAUCCUAUCUGACAAUGAACACCUACGUCCAAUGGGGUGAUCCUUGGUUUUGGAAUAAACUCCGCUAUGCAUUGCCCCAUAAAUCGGACGCUGUUUAUGGUCCGAAGAAAUACAAGAAUCUCAGUAAGACAAUUAUUCCUUUGAAUUUCAACAAAAUUGAGGUGAAACAAUUUUCCGAAAGUGGUCUAACGCCAUUGAAUAAUAAUGCGAAAAUCUUUUCCAAUGAUAAAGUCAUCAUCGACAUGAGUGACGAAGAGUGUAAUAAAUUAAACACUCAUUGCUAGUUCUCUUUGCAUUUCGAAAGUUAAGAAUUCAAAAAAUGUAAAUAUUAUUAUUUCGAUACAGAUUAAUGCAAAAUUUUUCAUCAAUUUGCCAGAAUUUUGCAUUUUUAUUUUUUAAUUUUUAAAUUUUUAAAUUUCAUAAAGAAAAAUAAGACAAUAUUUGCAAAAGUUUUUACCAAGUGUAAACAAUACAGUGAUAUUGUUAUUUUUUUAAAGUUUCAAUUCAUGAAACUGUUCAAAAGUAUUUUGUAAUAUUUAUCAAAACUAUACGUAAUGAUGGAUUGAGAGUUUAUAGUCUAUUUUUGAUUAAUUAAAAUAAGGCUGUUUUAGAAUUAAGACUAAUUAGAUAAAUAUUGUAAAAAGUCUUCUGUAGCCUCGAAAAUUUCGCCUUAGAAAGCAGAUUCGAGUUUCGUUUCAAAUUUAAAAGCAUUUUGAAUUUUUGAUUUAUUUAAAAAAUUUUACUCCAGUUGGAAAAAAACGUGGUAAUUGUAAAUAUAGAAUUUAAGUUUGAUUUAAAGAGAGUCUGAAUUAUGUGAAUGAGCUGAAAUGUAUGAAUUUAUCGGUUGAAAAUUAACUCUGCAUUAUUUUUUGAAUU